AUUGGAUGAAGCAGACUGCAGACAUGGGGGAAUGGGAGCUUUGUUUCUGACUCACUGUAUGCGUUUCUUCAACUCGCAUAGGCCAAACAGCUCACAGAGAUUAUUUUACCAGCCACGUCCAUCGUGCAUCACCAAGAGCCAGUUCUAUCAUCGAAAAGAGAGAAACUUGUUCCACAUACAGAAGACCAUGUUCCUCAAACUGAACCACUAGCCAUAAAGAUUGUAUCUUUGGCCGCCGGAGCUGGGGUUUUGAAGUGGGUUUUUCUGGGAAAAUGGAAGGAGAUCGGAUUGAAGAGAGCAGUGUUAGGUUGCUGUCUCGUCCUAGCAGUGGUGGUGGGGUUGGUGAGUCUAGGUGGGUAGAUGGGAGUGAAGUGGAUUCCGAGUCACCUCCAUGGUCUUUGCUUGAUGAGAAUGAUAGUAGAGAGGGGUAUGGGUCAAUUAGGAGGAGGCUGAUUAAGAAGCCCAAGAGAGCUGAUUCUUUUGAUGUUGAAGCCAUGGAGAUUACUGGUGCUAAAGGCCAUCACUCUAAGGAUCUCUCCACUUGGACUACUAUUGCACUGGCCUUUCAAACACUGGGAGUGGUAUAUGGUGAUCUGGGCACGAGCCCUUUAUAUGUUUUUGCUGAUGUGUUCAGUAAGGUGAAGAUUGACUCAGAAGUUGAUAUAUUGGGGGCUUUAUCACUAGUUAUGUACACAAUUGCUCUCAUCCCUUUAGCAAAAUAUGUAUUUGUAGUGCUUAAAGCAAAUGACAAUGGGGAGGGAGGAACAUUUGCUUUGUACUCACUGAUUUGCAGAUAUGCAAAGGUUAGUAUGCUACCAAAUCGUCAGCCAGCUGAUGAACAAAUCUCAAGUUUUAGGCUCAAGCUGCCCACUCCAGAGUUGGAAAGGGCUUUAAACAUAAAAGACGCCCUGGAGAGGAAGUCAUCCCUGAAAACAAUCCUCUUGCUCUUGGUUCUGAUGGGAACUUCCAUGGUUAUAGGAGAUGGUAUUCUGACUCCAGCCAUAUCAGUUAUGUCUGCUAUGAGUGGUCUGCAGGGUGAAAUACCUGGAUUUGGCACAACUGCACUGGUGGUUGUCUCGAUCAUAAUCCUUGUGGCUUUGUUCAGCAUACAGCAGUUUGGCACUGGGAAAGUGAGUUUCCUGUUUGCUCCUGUGCUCGCUUUGUGGUUCUUCUCUUUGGCUUCUAUUGGACUCUACAAUCUUGUGACAUAUGAUGUUAGUGUCUUGAGGGCAUUCAAUCCUGCCUAUAUCUAUCUGUUCUUCAAGAAGAACAGCUUCGAUGCAUGGUCAGCUCUUGGUGGUUGUGUCCUGUGCAUCACAGGAGCUGAAGCAAUGUUUGCUGAUCUGGGGCAUUUCUCUGUAAAAGCAAUACAGAUUGCCUUCUCUUGUGUAGUAUUUCCCUGUCUUCUCUUAGCUUACAUGGGCCAGGCUUCGUAUUUAAUGAAACAUCCUGAAUCUUCAGGGAGAAUAUUCUACGAUUCUGUGCCAGAUAGUCUUUUCUGGCCAGUAUUUGCCAUAGCUACAGUUGCUGCCAUGAUUGCUAGCCAAGCAAUGAUUUCUGCUACAUUUUCAUGUGUUAAGCAAUCUAUGGCUCUUGGAUGCUUUCCAAGGCUGAAGAUAGUUCACACCUCAAGGAGGCUGAUGGGUCAAAUUUACAUCCCUGUUAUAAAUUACUUUUUAAUGAUUAUGUGCAUAGUUGUGGUCUCAAUCUUCCGGAGCACCACAGAUAUCGCUAAUGCUUACGGUAUAGCUGAGGUCGGUGUGAUGAUUGUGAGCACCACCUUAGUGACACUUGUAAUGCUUCUGAUCUGGCAGACUAAUUUGUUUCUGGCUUUAUGUUUCCCUCUCAUUUUCGGGUCAGUGGAACUCAUUUACUUGUCUGCGGUUCUAUCAAAAAUCAAAGAGGGUGGAUGGCUUCCACUUGUAUUUGCUAGCUGUUUCCUUUGCGUGAUGUAUAUUUGGAACUAUGGGAGUGUGUUGAAAUACCAGAGUGAGGUAAGGGAGAAGAUCUCUAUGGACUUCAUGCAUGAGCUCGGUUCCACCCUGGGAACCGUUAGAGUUCCUGGAAUUGGACUGUUGUACAACGAGCUUGUCCAUGGUAUUCCCGCAAUAUUGGGGCAGUACCUACUGAGCCUUCCAGCAAUCCACUCUACAAUAGUAUUUGUUUGCAUCAAGUACGUCCCCGUCCCGGUGGUUCCUCAAGAGGAGAGGUUUCUUUUCCGAAGAGUUUGCCCAAAAGACUAUCAUAUGUUCCGUUGUGUUGCCCGGUAUGGUUACAAAGAUGUUAGGAAGGAAGAUCACCAUGCGUUUGAGCAAUUUUUGGUUGAAAGCCUUGAAAAGUUCUUGCGACGAGAGGCUCAGGAUCUUGCCUUGGAGACCAAUUUGAAUGAGUUAGACAUGGAUAGUGUUUCAGUGAUAUCCAAGGAUUCUGAAGCUCCAGCUGGUGAUGGGGCCGACGAACUAAGAAUCCCUUUAAUGCGCGAUCAAAGAUCAGGGGAACCUGGAACUUCUACUUCAGAAGAAGCACAGCCAGCAUUGCCUUCUAGUGUCAUGUCAGCAGAUGAAGAUCCAAGCCUAGAAUAUGAGCUUGCAGCUCUUAAAGAAGCAAAAGAUUCAGGAUUUACUUAUUUGCUUGCUCAUGGGGAUGUGAGAGCAAAGAAAAAUUCCAUUUUCCUCAAGAAAUUGGUUAUCAACUACUUCUAUGCAUUCUUGAGGAAGAAUUGUAGAGGCGGCGCAGCCACCAUGCGAGUACCCCACAUGAAUAUUCUGCAAGUUGGGAUGACAUACAUGGUUUAAUUCAUUUGAUCUUGUGUAAUUCAUUUGUAUCUUGUUCAAUUUGUUGUUGGCCACCUAUUGCGGUCUCUGUGAAACCUCAAUGAACUUCUGGAAAACAAUCAAAAAAAUAUCUUUGAACUUCCUGCAUCUCUGCUCUUUUGGAGAAUUUUUAUAACAUAAUCAUUAAAGAUCUCUGAUUUAAUUUUUC